AUAAAAAAGAGUUCUUAUCCCCAAAACUCACAUGGCCUUUAACCUCAAUCUCAGACGCCCACUCUCUGUUUCACUCGUGUGCCUCACCUGCCAAAAAAAUCUGCAUACCAGACAAUCCACGCUCCAAAAAGUUAACGUACGAAACACAACUCACACCCAGCCCAACCUCCAUCAACGGUCCUGACGUUGCCACGUCCUAUCACCGUACAACCGCCUGAAACUCUCGCUGUUUCUCUCUCUAGAAUUUUUCUACCUUUCUCCUCUUCUUCCUAAUUCUAUUGGAUCGAAGGGAUCGGUCAUCGAACGCCGAUGUAGGUCCGUUUUCUUGAGCUCUCAUUUUCUCGGGAAAACACUUUCUCGGAAAAACUCGGUUCAAAGAAAAUGGAGGCGAUGAUCUACGAUCUGGUGGAGUAUGUGGUUGAGUUCUUCACAAAACCCUCGAUAACCGAAACAUUUGUCGACAUUUUGCUCUGCGCAGUCCCGAUAUGGUUGGCCGUCAUGAUAGGCUUGGUGAUCGGGUGGUCAUGGAGGCCCAGGUGGACGGGCCUCCUCUUCCUUGGGCUUCGGAGCAAGGUCCGGUUCCUCUGGACCGCGCCGCCGGGCUUCGGCGCUCGCCGGCUCUGGCUCGCUUUCACGGCGCUCUCCGCUUUCUCCAUUUGCCGUACGAUUUGGUCCAAUUUCAAGAGUAAAGGCAAACUUGCCCCGUCUUCGGCUUCCCUAGCCCCGCCGAAGCUUUCACCCGACGGCACCGACAUUGUUGGAUCCAUCACUAGAGGUGCCAAGAGAGUCCAGGAUGUUGUCACAGAAACUGAUUUGGAGCACCUAGUGAAUUUAAUUGGAGGGAGAGAUGGAGAGAUGGAAUGGCAAAGUUUGAUGGAGAGGUCUACCCCGAGCAUGGCUUACAAAGCAUGGCGUCAUGAUCCUGAGACAGGCCCCACUGUAUACUGUAGUAGAACUGUCUUUGAGGAUGCAACUCACGAGUUGGUCAGAGAUUUCUUCUGGGAUGAUGAGUUUCGACCUAAAUGGGAUCCAAUGCUUACAUAUUGUAAGAUAUUGGAGGAAUGCCCUCAGACUGGAACUACGAUUGUUCACUGGAUUAAAAAGUUCCCUUUUUUCUGCAGUGAUCGGGAAUAUUUAAUUGGUCGAAGAAUAUGGGAGGCUGGAAAAACUUAUUAUUGUGUGACAAAGGGUGUUCCAUAUCCAGGUUUGCCUAAGCGUGACAAGCCCAGACGUGUGGAACAUUAUUUCUCUAGUUGGAUUAUCAAGGCUGUCGAGUCUCGGAAGGGGGAUGGACAGUUAUCUGCAUGUGAGGUUACCCUCGUACACUACGAAGACAUGGGGAUCCCAAAAGAUGUGGCAAAGUUGGGUGUCCGUCAUGGGAUGUGGUGCACUGUCAAGAAAUUACACUCUGGUAUGAGAGCAUACCAGAAUGCGAGGAAAUCAGAGGCAUCUCCAUCUAAAUGUGCCCUGAUGGCUAGAAUCACCACGAAGGUGUCCUCUGAUGGAAGCAUGAAUUAUUUGGAGCCAGCAUCUGGUGAAGAAGAAAAAGGUCAAACCCUAAAAAAUACAAGACAAAAUGGCAAUGGGAUUGAUUGGAAAUGGAUAGUUAUAGGUGGAACUGUGGCACUGGUUUGCGGACUUCACACAGGCGCGAUUGGGAAAGGAUUGUUACUUGGAGCUGGGCAGAGAUUUGCCCGAAGGAGAUGAUAGUACCGUGCGAAGAGCGUUGUUCUAGUCAAUUUCAGACAUAAGCUGUCUUAUCUUUCUAUCUGCUUUCAUAUUCUUGGAUUCUAUUUCCACAUCGACACAUAAAUUGUUACAAAUUAAGAUAAGUUAUAUGGGUAAAGGUUUGUAUUGGCUUCAAACCUUCAACAUAA